AUGAUCACAUGUUCUGCCUUGAACAAAAUAAAGAGUUUCACUUUGCACAUCAUUGGAAUUAGAGGUGGUGAUAUGAUCUGGCCGUCAGAUCUACAAGCCAGCAAUCUCCAAGCACUGCCGUCGCCUGACGAAGCGACUGAAGUAGCGACCACUACAUCUCUGGUAGUGACUGCCGAUGGUGUUUCUGAACCAGCAGAGCCGGAUGUGCUUGAGAGACACAAAGCUAAAAAGGGGGAGAUUGAAGAUGCAACUGGUUUGACGCAGAUCGUGAAUCAGUCAGGAAGUGCAUCAGGACGUAUGGACGGACUUGUAGCGGAGCUAAGUGGAGCUUAA